CCAUAACGUUACGCCGGCGUUCUUUAAAUAGCGGUGCCCCAGGAGGGGCGUGGCCUGUGUGCAGCCACCUGAUGCAUGCACGCAGCCUGUGGCGUUUUUCAGCUCCACGGAACGCCACGAAAGUGAUCGGCAAGAAGCAACAUUAAGGCGGCUGUGUUCACUCCACAUCAGCACGCAUGUUGCUGGCCGCGCACACUGGCGCCAGCUGAAAAGUGUUGCCGCCUCUGGUUGCGUGGAAACUAACACCAAAAAAAAAAUGGCUAUGCCUUGAACUGCUGUGGAAGCAUCUCCAGCAGCGCGUCUGCACAAGUUUCACCAGAAACAUGACGAUUUAAAGCCGGGCUGCAGGAGAGAGAGAGAGCGCUGCAAACGCUCAUCAGUUAGCGGGGAGAUUGAUGCAUUCUCAGAGCAUGCCCGCAUCCGUCGCAACAUGUCCAUCCUGGUUGACUAUGUGGUGAUGUGUUUGCUGCUGCACAGCCUGGUGCUAAUGACCUUCUGCUUCCACCACGCCGCCACCAGUUGCUCCAAGCGCUGCUACUGCUCGGAAAGCGAAGGCGGCGGCAAGACGGUACGCUGCAGCAAUCAGCAGCUCACCGAGAUCCCUCAGGACAUCCCCAACGACACACGCCGGGUCUACCUGGACUUUAACCUCCUCACCUCAGUCCCGGCGAACGCUUUUAAUGGCCUGCCCCAAUUGGUGGAGCUGGACCUGUCGCACAAUGACAUAAGCCAGCUGGAGUCGGGAGCGUUCAGAGGUCUGGGGUCCUCAUUGCAGUUCCUUGACCUUUCUGCCAACAAGUUAGUCCAUUUUAAUCCGGAUGCCUUCGAGGGCUUGCGGGCUCGUGCAAAUCUGACAAACAAUCCCUGGCAUUGCGACUGCAACCUGCAGAUGGCCAUGCUCCACGUGGACCUGGAGACCGUGUCACUGACUGGCAUCGUGUGCCUGACUUCAGACCCGGAAGAGAUGAGCGUACAGGGCCUGGCAUUCCUUCUGGAGCCGGACGUUGACCUAUGUGUGGUGAUGAAGAGGACUACAGACGUGGCCAUGCUGGUGGUCAUGUUUGGAUGGUUCACAAUGGUCAUCUCUUACCUGGUCUACUACGUCAGGGCCAACCAAGAGGACGCCCGCAGACACCUGGAGUAUCUAAAGUCUUUGCCCAGUAGGCAAGCAAAAUCGGAGGAGUCGUCCACCAUAAGUACUGUUGUGUAAACUCUUUUAUAUGACAACAAAAACUUGGGUGGACUAAAUACUAGGAAAACUGUCUCUCUUCUGACUGAUGUGCUUCUUGUCUAUUCCACGUUCAUCUCCAACAGCAACAUUUGAAAUAAUUUGCGAGUCAUUAGAAAACUUCACAACUCAGCAUGACUGGCUGAUUCUACUUCCUGUACAUAUGCAUGCUGGCACAGCCACUAGUUGCUAGGCAGAGUUCAUUGGGCUCAUUCAUAACUGCCCCACCAGCCAAUGAAAAGAUAGCACAUGUCAAGUUACGCCCACAAGGCUGACGGUACCCUGCAGGAACAGGACUCAAAUUAGUCUUGAAACUAUACAAAAUAUAGCAGAGUCACUUGUUGCUAGGCAGAAUUCAUAAGACUCAAUCAUAACUGCCCCACCAGCCAAUGAAAACAAUGUCAACUGUCAAGUUGGUACCCUGCAGGAACAGGACUGAAAUUAGUCUUAAAACUAUACAAAAUAUUGCAGAGUCACUUGUUGCUAGGCAGAGUUUAUUAGGCUUAAUCAUAACUGCCCCACCAGCCAAUGAAAAGAUAGCAAAUGUCAAGUCACGCCCAAAAGGCUGACGGUACCCUGCAGGAACAGGACUCAAAUUAGUCCUAAAAGUAUACGAAAUAUAGCAGAGUCACUUGUUGCUAGGCAGAAUUCAUAAGGAUUAAUCAUAACUGCCCCACCAGCCAAUGAAAACAAUGUCACCUGUCAAGUUGGUACCCUGCAGGAACAGGACUCAAAUUAGUCCUCAAACUAUGCAAAAUAUUGCAGAGUCACUUGUUGCUAGGCAGAGUUCAUCAAGCUUAAUCAUAACUGUCCCACCAGCCAAUGAAAAGAUAGCAAAUGUCAAGUUCCGCCCACAAGGCUGACGGCACCCUGCAGGAACGGGACUCAAAUUAGUCUUAACACUAUACAAAAUAUAGCAGAGUCACUUGUUGCUAGGCAGAAUUCAUAAGGCUCAAUCAUAACUGCCCCACCAACCAAUGCAAACAAUGUCAACUGUCAAGUUGGUACCCUGCAGGAACAGGACUCAAAUUAGUCUUAAAGCUAUACGCAAUAUUACAAAGUCACUUGUUGCUAGGCAGAGUUCAUGAGGCUUAAUCAUAAUUGCCCCACCAACCAAAUGAAAAAAACAUGUCCAGACCAUAUGGAAACAGAACUCCAGACAGUAGACACUAAGUACAGUGGAACCUCGAUUUACGAACCUCUCAUUGCAUAAACUUUUCGAUUUACAAACCUCAGAUCGAAUAAAAAUAUGCUUUGGUAGACAGAACAAACAUUUCAUCCAUCCGUUUUGUGCCCGGCAGCACAGCCAUUGUGGGCGGGCCGAUCGAUCUCUGGUGCUCAUUCAGUCAGCACAGCAGUGCUGUCGUUAAAGGGGAACUGCACUUUUUUUUGGAAUUUUGCCUAUCGUCCACAAUCAUUAUUAGAGAAAAGAAGACACGGGGUUAUGGGGGGCACAUCUGCGGUCCCCUCCAAGGUUUUUCAUUAUCAUCCCAUUGGGUUGAGUUUUUUCUUGCCCUGAUCUGGGAUCUGAGCCGAGGAUGUCGUUGUGGCUUGUGCAGCCCUUUGAGACAUUCGUGGGCUAUAUAAGUAAACAUUGAUUGAUUGAUUGAUUGAUUUAUAUGUUAG